UCCCCCAAAUUGAUCCCCGACAAUCAAUCAGCUUCGUCUCUCUUCCUUGGAGAAACCCUAGUUCGGAGUUCCUGCCUUAGCUUUCUCUUCACUUUUCCGUUCAAUUCUCUUCAAAAUUCAUCGUUCACGAAGAUGAAUUGACAAGUUUUCAGAAGAAUUAGCGGUUCGGUUUUCGCUAAUUGGAUUCAAUUCAAUUCAAUCUGAAGAAUUGAGGUUUUAAAACCCUAAGAUUUACAGGAUUGAAUGAAUCAUCAACUUCAAGUGAUGACGUGGCAGUGAUUUGAUUCAGGCGUACCAAAGCAGCUGAUUUUUGUGCUAUUUUGAUAGAUCCGACCCGAGAUCGGCCCAGUUGAAGGAGUGACGUGGCAGUGAAUUGACUAAAAAGCCCUUAGAGUGAAGCUUUGGAUGUUCAACUGAUCUGUUGAAGGAAUUUGGUUUGGAUUGAUUUUAGUUGUGAGAUAGAAAAAAAAAAAAAAGAGCUUCUUUUAAUUAUUUUUGUACUUUAUUAUAUCAAUUUUUCUUUUAGUUCAAUAUUCAGGCGGGCCUAUUGUGAUUAUUUGAUCGGCCUAUUUGUUGUUGUUGUUGUUAUUGAUUUGUUUGAGGAAAAAAAAGGAAUUUUAAGGAAAAAACUGAGUUAUGUCAGUUUAUUUUAAGUUUAAAAGUGCUAAAGAUUAUGAUGCUAUUCCAAUUGAUGGUCACUUUAUUACUGUUGGGAACUUGAAAGAAAAAAUAUUCGAAUCCAAGCAUCUAGGCAGGGGUACAGAUUUUGACCUCGUUGUCACCAACGCCCAGACUAACGAAGAAUAUCUUGAUGAGGACACAUUGAUCCCCAAAAAUACUAGUGUUUUGAUUCGUCGCGUUCCUGGACGACCUCGCAUGCCCAUAGUAACUGCACCUGUAACAGAAGCAGACGAGCCUCAAGUAGAAUACCAAUCUGAGGAGGCUCAAACAGUAAAGAGUAGUUUUGUGGGGGGGGAGUCAUCUGCCACCAAAUAUAAUGACGAUCUCGAUUGGGAUGAAUUUGGAAAUGAUUUGUACGCUAUUCCUGAAGCAACGCCAGUUCCGUCAAGCAACCAAGUGCAGGAUGCUCCUCCUCCAAGUAAAGCUGAUGAGGAGAGUAAGAUCAAAGCUUUAAUUGACACUCCAGCCUUAGAUUGGCAGAGUCAACCCUCUGAUGGCUUUGGUGCUGGUAGAGGUUAUGGACGAGGUCCAGGUGGAAGAAUGAUGGGUGGACGUGGCGGGCGUGGUUUUGGUUGGGGUGGUGGAUUGGAACGGAAAACACCACCGCCGGGCUAUAUAUGCCAUCGUUGUAAGGUGCCUGGGCAUUUCAUUCAGCACUGCCCAACAAAUGGUGACCCCAAUUUUGACAUUAGGAAAGUGAAACCUCCAACUGGCAUUCCGAAGUCCAUGUUAAUGGCAACCCCAGAUGGUUCAUAUUCUUUACCAAGUGGUGCUAAUGCAGUUUUAAAACCCAAUGAGGCUGCUUUUGAAAGAGAAGUUGAAGGGAUGCCUUCUAUACGAUCCGUUGGUGAUCUUCCACCAGAGCUUCAUUGUCCCUUAUGUAAAGAAGUAAUGAAAGAUGCAGUGCUAACAAGCAAGUGUUGUUUUACGAGUUUCUGCGAUAAAUGCAUAAGGGAUUAUAUCAUCUCGAAGUCGGUGUGCGUCUGUGGGGCCACAAAUAUACUUGCUGAUGACCUGUUGCCCAACAAGACUUUGAGGGAUACUAUUAAUAGAAUACUGGAAUCAAAUAAUAGCAGUGCAGAGCAUGGUGGUAGUGUUCUUCAAGUCCAAGAUAUGGAGUCAGCACGCAAUCCCCCACCUAAGAUUCCCUCUCCUGCACAAUCUGCAGCUUCAAAGGGAGAGCUGUUACCACCACCACCUCCUCCUCAUAAGGAGGAGAAUUCUAAACCCCAGGAGAGUGCUGGAGAGGGUAAGAAUGGCAGUGCUCCACAGCAAAUGUUGGAUAGAGGGAGGACUUCGAAGGUUGCAGAUGUUUCUGAAGCCACACGCGAGUCGGUUAGUGUUAAAGAACAUGCGUCCCAGGGAAGUGCUCCAUUGGCUGAUGAAGAAGUUCAACAAAAGGCUGUAGUUGGGGAGGCAGGAAAGAAAAAAAAGAAGAAGAAAACACGAUUGCCUUUGAACCCUGCUGCUGCGGAGAUGCAGUGGAGAGCUGCUCAAGAUCUUGCUAAUGAGAAUUAUAUGAUGUCCAUGGGUCCUUCCGCCUAUAAUCCUUAUUGGACAGGCAUGCAACCUGGAUUAGAUGGUUUUGGAGGCCCUUAUCCUGGUGCCAUGCCAUAUAAUCCUUAUGGGCCUGGUCCUCUAGAUGUUCCCUUUAUGCCUCCAGUCGUACCGCAUGAUCCAUUUGGUGGACAAGGUUUUAUGAUGCCUUUCGGUCCUCCAAUGCAGAGGGACCUUGCUGCAGACUUUGGGAUGGGAUUUAAUGCUGGCCCACCGAUCAUGAGCAGAGAAGAAUUUGAGGCUAGAAAGGCUGACCUGAGAAGGAAGCGUGAGAUCGACAGACGUGGAGAGAGCAGGGAGUUUCCUAAAGAUAGGGAGCAUGCAAGGGAAGUUGGGAGCGCUGCUGAUGGCCCUUCCCUGAAACCCAAAUCUAAAGCUAUUCCUCCACCAUCAAGUUCCAGCCGGCCCCGCCAACCUGAGAGGCCUUCCCCGGACCUUGACCACCACCGCCGACGGGAGAGGCCAUCACCAGACCAUGACCGCCACCGCCGACCUGAGAGGCCAUCGCUGGACCUUGACCACCACCGCCGACCUGAGAGGCCAUCGCCAGACCUUGACCACCACCGCCGACCUGAGAGGGCAUCGCCAGACCUUGAUUACCACCGCCGACCUGAGAGGCUGUCUCCAGACCGUCGAUCGCGUGACCCUGAACUUCCUCGUCCUUCUUCCAAGAGAAAGCAUGAAGAUUAUGACGAUCAUCACCAUGAGGACCGCCACCGCCAUGACCACCAUGAGGACCGUCAUCACCGCGACCAUUCCCAUCGCAGCAGCAGUAUCCAUCACCGUUCAGAAUCUUCAGCUAGCGCCAAACCAUCCUCCACAGGCCCAUCUGAACCGCUAUUGGCAGUGUCAUCCAAAUCCGCGGAUAAGAAGAAGGCAAGUGUUUUUUCUCGCAUCAGUUUCCCAGCUGAAGAGUCAGCAGCAGCUUCAAAGAAGCGAAAGGUGUCAUCCUCGAGUGAAGUGCCAAUAAGUUCUUCGGCGAGCCACAGGGGUGCCACAUCAAAUGGGUAUCAUGAAGAGUACAGAGCGGCUACUGGAUCAAGGAAGAGUGCCGCUGCAAGUGUGGAUUAUGAGAGCAGCGAUGAUGAUCGGCACUUCAAAAGAAGGCCUUCAAGGUAUGAGCCAUCUCCGCCAUCGGCUGCUGUAGAGUGGGAGGAAGAGGAGCGGGAUAGGCCUCCUCCUCGGCAUAGCAAGGGGUCCAGGGAAAGGGGAUUGAGAUAGUAUAUGACAAGUGAGAGACUGAAUUCGUAAGAAUUUUUCAUGGAUAAAGAUACAGAUUCAGAAGGCGCAGGCUUCUUUGGGAACAUCGAAAUCUGGAUCUCCUUUUCUGCGUGAUACCAUCUCUGCUUCACAGAGUUCUCAGGGCAAAGUUAGAGAUGAGUUGUAGUUCGAUGCUCGAGAGAUUAGAAAUGGCACAAAUUUACCCAUCUAAGGACCGUCAGCAUGGCAUUAUAGUGCAUUGUUGUAGAUUCUAUCCAAUAUUUGUAUCAUCUAAUGAUGCCAUAUAACUGUUAAUUACAAACACCAGAAUUUCAGAAAUAAGAUUGCGGGUUCUCCGUUUUUAUUGCAAA